AUGGCCCGCGCUAUCUUGAACGCGGCCAAGUCGGCAUCCAAUGUCGUCUCCAUUAACCAGAAAUACUCUGUCCAGUCCGUCGGUGUCUGGGAGCGCAUUCGUCGCCUUUUCGCUGUCGACCCCAACCGCUCGACCGGUAUCCCCUUGAACUCUCAAUACCGCCUCCCCACCCCCGGCUCUCUGCCUCCUCUGUCCUACGAUGACCCCGUGACCGUGCCCGCGGGUGAUAUCGCCGAUAAUCCCUACUGGAAGCGCGAUGUCCGCCGAAGCUACCCUCAACUGAGCACCGUGCGCCAAGCCGAUGCCGUGGGACUUCUCACCGUUGGUAGCCAGGCUGCUCCCAAGGACGAGGUCCUCAAGCUUGGCGAGGCUGGCGAGCAACAAUUGGUCGCUGUCAAGGAACAGGGCGAGGAGCGUGGUCUCGCCGCUCUCUUCGAGCAAGAUAAGAAGAGCGUCCAGGGCGUGCUGGGUGCCAAUGGCCUCCCCCCUAGCCCUGCCAACAUCAACCCUGUCUCCCAGGCUUCACAGUCCAAGUACGUUCUUGGAACAGAGAACGGGUACCCCGAGAAGUACACCUGCCGCACCUUUGUUUGA